UGUUCUAGUGUCACUUGGCUUGUCAGCGAGUCACAUUUCUCCGAGGUAGGUCGCGUGCGCUUUCACAACAUUCCAUAUCGCGAGUUUCAUCGUAUUCGGCCGCAGUGAGCCUUUGUGCAAACCGAAAAACUCUUGUCAAACUAUCGAACUUUCAGUGUUUUGUGCUGCGGUAAUGAAAUUUGCAGUGAAUUUCGAUUAGUGCUUGUGAUCGCGAGGAGAAAACCAGCGCGGAACCAACUGAAAAAUGGCAGUUGGACGCAGCAAAUGCGUCAUUCGUGGCGUAAAGCCGAAUAAGGUUAUGCCCCACGACGAGCUAAUGGGGCGCUUGAAGAAGUCACUCUACUACGGUGGCAUUGGCCGCCCGAAGGAGCUUACAAAAGUCAGCAGUCCGCUGGCAGAAUAUGCCUCAGAAUUGUUCUCGGAGCCGCAUAAGGGCCACUCGCUGCACCGCCUGAACAAGGUGACCGCCGGGAGUAUCCAGGCCAGCCCCUGCUCACUGAUCAUGGCCCUCAUCUACCUCGACAGACUGAACAGUGCCGACCCGGGCUACGUGAGGCGCAUAACACCCCAAGAGCUGUUCAUUGUAUCCAUGAUGGUUUCUACGAAGUUUUACUGCGGACAUGACGAAGAAGUUUAUAUUAGCGAUUGGGCAAAAGAAGGGAAUAUCACCGAGGAACGCAUGAAAGAAUUGGAAAUAGAUUUUCUAUGCGCAAUAGACUGGAACAUAUACAUAUCGAACGAGCAGUUCUUCGACAAAUUAAAUUCGGUUGAAAAGAUUCUUGCACAGCGUCAGGGGAUACGUCGGGGCUGGUUGACCUACACCGAGCUAUUGAAUCUACUCCCGUCGUUCACAAUAGCUAAAUUCUUCUUAAGUAACAUCGCCGUUAUGGCAGUUAGCUAUGCGGCGAGCGUAAUGACAAUUGCCGGAGCCUUUUUCUUAGUUAGUCACAUACCUGGAAAUGCCUUAACGAAAGGAACAACCACUAGCAGCCCUAGUGGUAUUACUUCCAACGAAUCGCAAAAUGGCACGAAUGGUCCCGCGGAAUUGCUAGAGAAUCGUACAAUGAUAGAUACUUCGUUGAAUUCGCGAUGUGGCGGUCCGAAUAGUAUUUGCCCAAUGUUCGAUAUAGAGGAGGAACUUCGGAAACUAGAAGACGAAUACAAUGAAAUGGAUACAGUUCCGGUUAAGUACAAUGAAAAUCCAGGACCUCUGAUUAAUCUCAAUGGAAAUUACACAUUGAAGGAGCAAGAUGUUGGCUAUGAGAGUGGGGUGAAUUGGCAACGGUUCAAGGAUGAUGAUGGUGACGGGGAGGACAUUGGAAACAGUGAAGACCGAAACUGUUCGAGUAUUUUGUUUUGGAAUAUUCUCAAAAAUGGCGAACUUAAGAUCUUGCAGCUUCCUUAUAUUUGGUUUAAAUUUAUUUAGUUUCCCGUGUUUUUUCCUUAGUUUUUUUUUUUAUUUUUUCCAAUCCCUUUUUUAAGAGAGAAAGAAACUCUUAUUGCUCAACCGAAAUCAGUGAAUCAAUGAAUAUUCUGUAUCUUGCUCGACGGACUUAAAAUGUGUUAACUUAGAUCAUCAUCAAAGAAAAAAAUUUGGAAUAUACGUGCGAAGUUUUCUAAUGAAUUGAACUGAAAACACGAAAAAUUUUUUACAAAAAUUUGAAAUAAAUGUAGUUUUGAUACAGUAUACAAU